CUGGACAUGCAAAUUCAGCUUAGGGUUUCCGUGGGGUGUGGAAGGAGGAAAUAUGAUCUCGCGUUUAUUUAAGAAAAAAACAAAAGUCUUACAACCCAGCCGAAAGAGAACAGAUUCCGGAAGAAAAUUUUCCAACUCCCCUGUUUUCCCUCUCUGGAUUUCUGAUCAGGGAAGAGAAUGGACCGGUGAUGGAAAUCAGACUUCAGCCCUGUAAAUGAAUUCGGUAGCAGACCUCACCAAGUGAUCCUCCAGAACUCAAGAUGGGACAGCGUCUUAACUCUCCAGGCUCCAUCUCAUGGCUCUGUUUCCUCUUGUGGGCAGGACAUCCCUUGAGGGCUACAGACCUGGAAUUGAGCGUCCAGUGCUUUAGUGACUACGAAACAAAGCUGACCUGUGAGUGGGAAGUGAGCAGACCAGCAAACUGCAGUACUGAACUCCAGCUGCAUUAUGACAGGAAUGUCCGUCCUGAAAGUAACCUUGAGUCUCCGCUCUCAACUCUCUCCUAUGCCGCUGCUGCCCAGCCCAGAAAUAGCCUGUGUGUUCCUGAGAACAAGAGAAGCAGUGGUGGCGUCUCUCCCGUUGAGUGUGUGUGCACAGUUGAAGUGCAGAAGAUUUAUUCUUCGGAUAUAUUUGAUCUUAAGAUCCAAGCUGGGAACAACCUACUGUGGAAUCUCACCUUCAUUCCUUUCGAUAAUGUUAAGCCAAAAGUACCAGGAAACCUUACAAUCCAAAAGACCAAAAAUGGCUACUUCCUCCUAACCUGGGACAACACUUACACCGUGGACAAUUAUAUUUAUAAUAAAUUAUCCUAUGAAGUCGAGCUUUGGGAUAAAGAGAGUCCAUGUGAGAAAACAAAACAGACCGUAGAGUACGUGACUACCAACUUGGAAAUUACUGCCAACAAAUUUAAGAACUGGCAUUCUUAUCGAGCCAGAGUGCGGUCAAAACUUAAAGCAGAUUUUGAAGGGCAAGAUAGUGACUGGAGCCAAGAAAUUGAGUGGCUCAAUCAAUAUGAAGUCAAGUUGGAAGAUCGUUUGCAGCUGGGAGUUCUUAUUUUCAGUGUCUUAAUCCUGCCAGUUAUUUUGAUGUGCUAUUUCAGCGUUAUCAAGGUGAAGAGAGAAUGGUGGGAUCAGAUUCCCAACCCAGCCCACAGCCACUUGACAGCCAUCAUUGUUCGGAACAAGCAGCUUUCAGCCUGGGGAAAGCCGUCUCACUUGAAAGACAUGAAUAUCUCCUACCAGGACAUGAAACAAAGUCACAUGGAAAAACAAGCUUGCCCCCAAAGCAGAAGUUGGAAGACACGCCUGGCAAAAAUAUUUCCCUGUUUGCUCAGGCUCGACUCAAAGGUGAAUGAAAAUACCGUCACCGUGGAGAAGAAUCGUUACUGUCCUGGCCCAAACAAAUCAGAAGACUGGUUGCCGGAAAGCUACCGGGCCAUUUUGAUGCCCGAGUCUAUCAGUGUGGUCCAAUCCGUCGAAAUGCGUGAAGCCGAAGUUGAGAGUGAGAAAGAGGAUACGGAUGAUAUUUCCUUCUGUCUGCCCUCAGAGAGCAGCACGAGCAGUUUCAUGCAGAACAAAGAAGCCAUUACCGCUAUGCUCGUUCAAAGUCUGUUCCUUGAUCUCGUAGGAAGUGAAACCAACACGUCUUGUGGGCUGGCCUCUGACAGCCUGACGAAUAAAUACAAGAACCUGCCCAAUGCAUCACAGUCUGUUUUCUCAAGCGCCUCCCAGAGCGAUUCGGACUUUAAAGUGGCUAGAAAAAAGUCCUUGCGGUCUGAAGAGUCCUUCGAAUCCGGCUAUCACAGUUCUAAUUUGGACAACGCUUCUCCCAAUAUAAAGAGUUCUCCAGCUCAGAGCGGUGGGCUGGAUUCGAGUGCAGGUUCCCAAGAUUUAGACAUCCUAGAGGUAAACAAAAUCAUCAUGGAUAAUCCUGCCUACCGAAGUUUCAGUGCCCUCCUGGCCCAGUCUAAGGCUUCUUAUCCGGAAGAGGCUGGCUUUCCAACAUUCCCAGAUGGCUGUUUGGGGGAGCCGACGUUUCCCUCUUGGGAAGAUUCUGAUAUGAACCCUGAGGCGGACUGCCAUGGACCUGCUUUCCCACACUCCUGCUCAGAGGGCUCUGACACCUGCCCCUCCUCUGAUGACGAUGAGGCUUCAUCAUCCCAGACCGAGGAAGAAUCCUGGGAACAAAUCCUAAGGCAGAGCAUCCUUAGACAACAGGCCGCGCCGGCCGGCCCCGCCGUCUCCGCGUCGUCUGGUUACCGGUGUUUUGAAAAUGCCGUCAGGCAAGGCAAUGUGUCCAGUGAUAAUGUGCUCAGCCUUGGUGUCCCUGAGGAUUCAGAAUAUAAAUCCUUCACGACCCUUUUAAAUAGAAAUGUCCAGGAAGCAGCCGGCAUUUCUGCAGGGGAAUCCUGGAGGGGGGAAGAUGGAUGUGUCCCUUCACAGCAUCUCGCUCCCAGCGGCCUGGAAGCCCAGGGCUCGUCUACUCCUCCCCUGUUCUCCUUCGGGCUUGAUUUCGACCAGGGUAGCUCCUGCGGCCACCCGCCUACCAGCUUCCUCGAACUGUACAGUUCCGACAAGACAGUGGAAGAAGAGAACCUGAAGAAUUCCCUGAGCCCCAGUUGGACUAGCCCUGAGUUCCUACAGGAUACCCUGGAGGGGACUCCGGCCUGGACGAGGGAAGACUCCAGUAAUGGCAUCAUAUAUUCCGCUCUGACCUGUCACUUGUGUGGCCAUUUGAAGAAAUUCCAGAGUGAAGACAGAAGUCACAAGCCGGGAGACGGCGGUCAGAGUGUGAAAUGCAGCUGUACCGUCCCCUUGCCGGACACACCGACUGUCUCUCCUGCUAAAGCCGCGGACCCCUAUCCCUCAGAAACAGCGAUGAGUCCAGAGAGCUUGGGUCUCCAGGACUCCUUGGCAUUUCCCAGAAAAGAGCCUUUCAAAGAAGGCAGCUCCCGGAGGAAUUCCUCCUCUCUUCCUCCCAAAUAUCCGGCACUUAAAAACUGUCAAAACAUCUCCGGCUCCAUUCCGGAGACGAAGCGGGAAGAAUCGCGUGUCUUCCCGUGAGACUCAAGAGACACCCCAAGAAAGACCAGGCAGCCGUUUCAAAAAACGGAGGCCCUCGGUAAAGCCUGGGCCCACAAGGGCAACAACUACAUGCAAGUUAUUUAGAUGACCUGGGGGCAGGAGGAAUUCACAGUUUUGCAAACUUGUAUUGCCAGAGAAUGGACAGGUGACUUGGGUUUCCAAAGUGCCUCCAAUAGCUGAACAGUGAUCUAGGCGGAGAAGUGUUAGCCUGGUUCCUAUUACCAAAGCAAGCUACAAGGUUUUCCGAGGAAACAGCUGCUGAUGUAUCUAUAGGUAAAAUCGCGCCACUCUGAGCAGGUUGGAGAAUCCCAGCAGCCAAGUGAGACAGGAAGUAACCCCGGGGAUCAUCAUCAUCAACAGUGGUAUUUCUUGAGCACUUUUCGUGUGCAGAGCACUGUAUUAAGUGCUCGGGAGCAGAAUUUGUAUUAAUGCAGGAAGCAUUUCCUGGAUCAGCCGCACAGGAUUUUCAUUCUUUUGUCACUUGACCGCUGCCCUUACAAAGUGCCACCACUCAUGCUAUCGGGAAAGAACCAGGAACCCUAGCUCUUUUGGGAACUCCGAACGGGCCCCAGGAACCCUCAGGUCUCUGGCCUCAGCAUCCUCAAACGAGGCACUCAGUGUCCUUCCUUGCCUCUGAGUGGCUGUGGGCUUCCUCCUCCUCAUCAUCAUCAAUCGUAUUUAUUGAGCGCUUACUGUGUGCAGAGCACUGUACUAAGCGCUUGG